GACCGGAUGUGCCACGACCCCGGACUUCCCUCGCAGCGGAAGCGGUCGAUCCGUCUCCCGGAGGUGGCUGGUUCGUCGGCUGGCCGGGGCCCCGACACUGCGCGCCGACGCCGCUCGAGCCUCCUCCACCGCCUCGUCUCUGAGGUGUGACGUCAGGCCGGGCUUACCCAGACGGGAGUGACGUCACACUGGCCGCGUGGUUCCCCACGAGCGGCGCUACUACAGCACGACGGUGCCGCCGGCGGCCAGUGUGUCUCUGCGUCUGUUCGGGGUCGCACGUAGGGCGGCCCAGUCGCAGCCUCAGAGCACGUGCUGCGGUGUGGAGGGAAGUGAGACGGGCACGGAGGACUGAAGGAGCUGUGGGCGGAGGAGUGCCGGUUUCGUGGUGGUCUGUCGCCCACGAGGUGAUACGCUGGAGUGACUGACCGAACGUCCUUUUACGUGGUGCGACGAGCACUUAUUAGUGAGUGUCACCGACGGGUGGCAUCGCUGGACUUCGCGAGUGUGUGGACGUGAUCGAGACUGACUUGGAGUUGGCCGACGGCGACUCCAAGAUGUCGUACGGGCCGGCCGAUCCCGUCGGCGCCUCGCUCUACAGCCACGCGCCAAUGCACUACGCACCGCGACCGGAGGACUACGACCCCGUACUGCGCGCCAGGCGACAAGCCAAGGUGGUCAUCACCGAGCAGCCGGCCUCCAAGGCGCUCCGGUUUCGGUACGAGUGCGAGGGCCGCUCGGCGGGCAGCAUCCCGGGCGCGCACUCGACCGCCGACAGCAAGACCUUCCCCAGCGUCAAGGUGGUCGGCUACCGCGGCCCGGCCGUGGUGGUCGUCUCCUGUGUCACCAAGGACCCGCCGCACUGGCCGCACCCGCACAACCUGGUCGGAAAGGACGGCUGCAAAAAGGGCGUCUGCACGGUGAACCUGAACGUGGAGACGAUGUCUGUGACGUUCCAGAACCUGGGCAUCCAGUGCGUGAAGAAGAAGGACGUCGAGGACUCGCUACGGCAACGGGAGGCCAUCCUGGUCGAUCCCUUCAGAACCGGGUUCGACCACCGACUCCAGCCGACGGCCAUAGACCUGAACACAGUGCGACUGUGCUUCCAAGUGUUUGUCGAGGGCCACGAGCCGGGAAAGUUCGUGGUGCCGCUCACACCAGUCGUCUCAGACCCCAUCUUCGACAAGAAGUCGAUGUGCGAUCUGGUGAUAUACAAAAUGUCGGACUGCUCGGCGUCAGCGGCAGGAGGCAGGGAUAUUAUCCUGCUGUGCGACAAAGUCACCAAAGAUGACAUAGAGGUGCGGUUUUUCGAGGUGCGCGACAACCGACUCUACUGGGAGGGAUUCGGGGAGUUCCUGCCAGCAGACGUACACAAGCAAGUGGCGAUAUGCUUCAAAACACCCAGAUACGCCAACCCAGACCUGGACACUCCGGUACGGGUACAGAUUCAGCUGCGGCGGCCCUCGGACAAACAGUACAGCGAGUCGCGCGCCUUCACACUCACACCGGUCGACUGUGACGGCAUUGAGGAGAAGAAACGGAAGAUGGCCCGUAACUCGGACCGCCUGCACCGGUUCCUGGCCGAAAACCUCGGAGAGGGAGAGGGUCAGCAGUCGUUUGAUGCCGUCGGCGCCCGGCCGAAAAUGAAGGCGACAUCUCGGCACCGUCUGAAGACCAUCAAACCGGAGCCAGUCGACCCGGUGCCGGAGCCGAUGUACCCGGGCGGUGACGUGCCCGCCCAGGGGAUCGUCUCACCCACCAGUAUGUCCGGCGGCGGCAUCGUGCGCCAGCCGACCCCCUACGAGCUGCAGCAGCGCGCCGCCUACGCCGCCCGGCUGGCCGCGCCCACCGCCGCCGCCGCCGACCUGGUCAAACAGGAGUACCCGGCCAUGUACGCUCCGGGCAGCGUGCACCGGGCGGCGCGGUCCCCGCAGCAGCCGGGCGCCGCGCCGGCCUCCCCGCUGGGCGCCGCGGCCGCACCGCCCACCAGCGCGCACCAGCUGCUCGACCUGGACACGCAGCGGCCGGUGAGCUCCUCCAUCAUCGAGCUCGACCUGAGCCAGCUCAACUCUGCCGACCUCAACAUGCUGAGCUUCCCCUCUGAGUCAGAGGCCAACCAGCAGGCGAUCGAGGGCCACCUCUCCAGCAACCUGUCUCAGAGUCUCAACUUCUUGGACAUGCCGCCGCCGCCGCAGGCGCUGCCGGCCGAGGAGCGGCCGGACGCGCAGAUGGACAGUUUUACCAGAAAUACCAUCAGUGAGCUGGAGUUCCUCAACCAGCUGAGCAAGAAGUGAGCUAGGGGCGCGGCGCGCGGCGCAGCGUGAUCUCGCAGUGGGGAGAGGGACGGUGAGGGAGAGAGUGAGAGAGCGCGACGGACGGGAAGAGGACCUGUGUCGACAUCCUGGGGACUUAGUCGUGGGGGAGUGCUAACGUGUGCUCGUGUGAGUCUGCCGAGGGCUCGAUGUCAAUAGGCUGUAUUAUUGGACUGGCGCGGUAUGCAUGAUUGCGGGCUUUAUAAAUAUGCGACCUGUUUGAAGAGCUUUACAUGUGCAUGUCGGCUGCGGCAGCAGCAGAGUCGCCGGCGCGAUGCAUAUUUGGCUGUGCUGCGGGCAAGGUCACUGUUACGACUCUAGCAGCGGGGCGGACUGCGGAGCGUCGGCAAGGCUUGUGAACGACGCGCCGAGAAGUAUAGGCACGGCGGUGUGACCGUCUGUAAUGUGGGGGAUGUUGACAACGGCAUAGCCGUUUCAGUGUAGAGAUUAUCAUCGCACGGGACUAGACAGCACAAACCAUCGCGAAAUGCCUGCCAUAUGCGGAGAUAUGCAAAGCUGUAAUUUAUGGGGUUGUGCCGGAGCCGUCUCUCUAGAUCUCCUGAUCAGAGGACAGCCCGGGCUGGGGUAGGAGCGCGGUGCAUGAUGGGUGGAACCUGUAAGGCUUGUGACAAGGCGGGUAGAACACCGCGGCGGGACGGCGCCGCCCAGCCAAGUGUUCCCAUAGGUAGUCUGUUAUCGAACGUCGCGACUCGCUGGUGCAGAGUUCCGUUUCGUGAGGUCUGGAUGUGACCGGUGUGGGUUUGCCCGCCCUCCGUCUUCGUUUGUCUUGGUGUCGACAUUCUGUCACCAAAUGUCACGCCGUGUCACCGAAAUGUCGGCGUGUAAAAACCGGCGGUCGGCCGGUGUCAGCUGCUUUGACGAGGCUUUCGUGAUGUCCCUUGCGCCAUUCAGCGUUUCGAUACGACCUUUGCGGAGUGCUGCGGAUGUGAUCCGUGCUAGGUAGGUGGCGCUGUAUUUUUAUAGUUCUUGCUGUCAAUACUAGCGGUGUUACGACCCGGUUCAAAUCAUGUUCAAAUUAGCCGGCUCCUGGCUGCGGGCAUGGAGUUUAUAUCAGCGUUGAACGUUUUCUGAAUUCUAUACGCACUGUUCCCCACACGCCAUUUGGUGUCUGAAGUGGCGGCGGCUCUGGCUGCGGGUCCACACGGCACACCGCAGUUUGGCGCUGCAGGCGGCGCGAUCGGUGUGAAGUGCGCUUUAGGUGUUUCCCGCUUGGCCGCUGUGCUCGGCACCGAUCAUCACCCAUUUCACCGGCGUUCUGCGGCUAGGAAUGCGCGCUGUGUGAGAUUGUUACGCCCGCGGCGAGUGAAAACGAAUACAUGUUUCGCUGUCCA